AUGGCUUCACGAUCGCUGGCCAGACCGCUCCGGGCAGCUGUCGGCGCUGCGAAGACCAGCAACAAUGCUGUGCGCGCCUUCACUACGACAGCAGGCCGGCCGAAGGAGCUCGCGGGCAGCCAUCCAGAUCUCCCCAACAUGCGACACGCACAGCGCAGUGCCGCAGGCAAGCUCCAUGUGCCCAUCGUCAAUCCAGCAGACAAGUACGAGGACAAGGCGCAGGGCCUCCACGCAUACGGCCAGUACCUGAUGUCGUGUCUGCCCAAAUACGUCCAGCAGUUCUCCGUCUGGAAAGAUGAGCUCACCAUCUACAUCCCACCCUCUGGUGUCGUCCCAACCUUCUCCUUCCUCAAAUACCACACCGCCGCCGAGUACACCAUGGUCGCCGACAUCACAGCCGUCGACUACCCGACACGAGACCAGCGGUUCGAGGUCGUUUACAAUCUGCUUUCGGUGCGACACAACUCGCGCAUCAGAGUGAAGACAUACUGCGACGAAGCUACUCCAGUGCCCUCAAUAACAAGCCUGUAUGACGGUGCGAAUUGGUACGAGAGAGAGGUGUACGACCUGUUUGGCGUCUUCUUCGUAGACCACCCGGAUCUGAGGAGAAUCUUGACCGACUACGGUUUCGAUGGACACCCGCUGCGGAAAGACUUCCCUCUCACUGGCUAUACUGAGAUCAGAUACGAUGAGGAGAAGAAGCGCAUAGUGGUCGAGCCAUUGGAGCUAUCGCAAGCGUUCAGGAACUUUGAGGGAGGUACAGCGGCUUGGGAACAAGUUGGCCCGGGACACGACAGGAAGCCAGACACCUUCAAGCUGCCAACCCCGAAGCCAGAACCUAAGCCGGAAGAGGAGAAGAAGAAGUAA